UGGAUGGACGGGGGAUGGAGUGACAGCCCUCCUUUUCCUUCAUAGAAAACCUUGAUGACUUUUUAAAGACCACUCACCAAAGGUCGGGGUUCACUAUCUUAUUUAGCGCGUGGAUAGUCGGAUGAUCAGCCACUCACAUCAGUACUGAAAUGCACAGUGAAAACAUCCAACAGGAUCCAACAGGAUCCAACUGCACUCAGACCUCUGAGGAAUGCAGCCGUGCUGUGAGUCAUGGUGAGUCAGCUGACGAGGAGACUCACCAUCAUCAUCAUCGGCUCAGACACAAACACUCGUGAUGAAGAGGAACCAGGAGUGAUGCAUGGAAACUGCCUCCACCUUUCAGAAAAACAAGCAGAUGAAUAUUAGGAAUCUGUUUUAUGGGAUUCUUUCCAGCCUUUAUUCCCAACUCAACAACAAAGAAGAAGUUCUUUCUUUUGUAAAGAAAAGGUCAGGACCGCAUGUUUGAAACUCCUCCCACUGUUUGUCAGCAGAAAGUCCACCAGAAGGUUGUUGUCCUCAGAAGUUGCAGCAGCUCUCGUGUCGUCACAACCUCCAGGUUCAGUUUCCAAACAUGCGUCUUUCCCAACAGGAUGCUUUCUUCAUCCAGGAGCUUCUCAGAACAGAGGCUGCAGGAAUCAUGGAGCUGGUUGGUGUUGAGCAGAGUCAUCAUUUUACAUCAUGUGUUUGUCAGAAACAACUCAGAGUUUUGCUUCCUGAAGCGGACAGAGGCGCGAGUCGGCAGGAGAAACGAGCAGACCGAAGAGGAGGCUGCUCUGCAGACCGCCGACCCGCAGGAAGGAAGAAGGCUGCUGCCCAGACGCUCAGUAACAGCUCAACGCUUCAGCUUCAGCCUCGCUUCAGGAGCUUUUUUUAUCAUCUGGGUUCUACUUUGUGGCUUAAAGGAGGAACUACAGCUUGACCACCCUCCUCCUCCUCCUCCUCAGUACCCUCCUUUAAACCCAACCAACCCCCAUUUGCAGGUUAUCUCUGGUUUUAACGUGCACGUUUGGGCGAUCGCCUCAGCAGAUGGUGCACUGUGUGGAGCAGAGGCUGAGACCCGGCUCAGACGGGACACUUCUCUCUGGUCAUGGGAUGCUGCAGCGUGACCCAGAGGCACACAGGGGUGGAUGAAGUGGGUCCUGAUGAGAUAGAGCUCCUGGAACUCCCUGGAGAUAGUUUAGGGGUUUGGAGUCCAGGAGAAGCCAGGCUUCAGCUGUCACUGAGGAACAGCAGAGAUGAGCAGCAGGUGCAGCCGCCGGCUCCGAGGUCGUCGGCGCGUCUCCUGGAACCAGAGGUGGUGCUGUGGGGCAGGAGCAGAGAGGAGUUGCACCACAGGAUCUGCUCCCAGCAGCCCAUCAGGGGCUGGGAGGGCCAGGCUGCACACCUGUACGGAGAGGUCCUUCAUUCCUCCUUGGUGUCUCUGUGGGACCGGCACACUCAGGAGACCAGGGAACUCUUCCUGGUUCUGUUCCCCUUCCAUCUGCUGAUUCUGGCCCUGGACCACUCCAGACGGGACUUCGCCUAUCAGGGCAUUCUUCCUCUUUCUGGACUUUCUGUGAAGGCAGAACCAGACACAUCCUAUUCCCCACACGGGUUCGAGAUCAGCGGUCCAAUGAUGGAGUCGAAGGUGUUCGUCUGCGCCAGCGCUGCAGACCUGCAGAGGUGGCUGCAGCUCAUCGAAGACAGGAGAUGCAGGUCCACGAAGCAGCCCAGCGGCCCGUCCCACUGCGCUCUGUCCUACCUCCUGCCGUGUGAUGAACCCUGGAAAAGAGAAGAGCUGAAGAAAUACUUACUGCACGCUCCCAUCUGGCAGUGGGAGGGUUCACCCAUCCAGCACAUGGGGGAGCUGGUGUGCAUGUCUGAGGUUCACAUCACCAACUCCAGGCAGGGACGUCAGGAGAGGUUGCUGGUUCUCUUUCCUCAAGAUCUGCUCCUGCUUUCUGUUGACAGCAAGCGGCUGAAUGUGAAAUAUGAGGGCCGGUUAGCCAGACGCAGCGUCAGAGCCGUGGAGCGCUCCGCCCUGCUCGGGCGGCUGGAGUUCGAGCUCACGGGUGAACUAUUGGAGCCCCUGCUGGUCUCCUGCUCCCACCUGGAGGACUAUGAGGACUGGAUGUUCCAUCUGCAGCAGCUAGACAGGAGCGGCCACCUUACUCUGAAUCUCAAUCCUCAUCCGAUUGUUCCGAAGCUCCAGGGACGGCGGGCAGAUUCCCGUCAACGGAUGCAGCUGACUGCGCAGACGAACCACUCCAGAUUACCCUGAGAUUAUACUCUCUGAUUGGUGAGGGAGUGAGUGGCAGAACCACCCCAGAUUAUAAUCUCUGAUGUGUGAUGACAGAGCAUGGGAACCAGAUCAGAUUUCUCUGAGAUUAUAAUCCCUGAGAACCGUAUGUUGAUGUUUGUCAGUAAACAUAAUAAAUAAAGACGCUGUCAUUUUCCGCUCAGAAAAAAAAA